CCGGAGGACAGCGCUGAGGAGAAGGGCUCCCACUGCGACCUGGCCUUCGAGGACAUCAUGCCAGCGGUGAAGACCCUCAUCCGCGCUGUCAGGAUCCUGAAGUUCCUGGUGGCCAAGAGGAAGUUCAAGGAGACUUUGCGUCCCUACGACGUCAAGGACGUCAUCGAGCAGUACUCGGCCGGACACCUGGACAUGCUGGGCAGGAUCAAGAGCCUGCAGAUGCGCGUGGACCAGAUCAUGGGCAAGGGGGCCCUCACGGCGGACAAGAAGACACGGGAAAAAGGGGAGAAGCCGGCGCUGGAGAUGGAGCUGGUGGACGAGCUCAGCAUGAUGGGGCGCGUGGUCAAGGUGGAGAGGCAGGUGCAGUCCAUCGAGCACAAGCUGGACCUGCUGCUCGGCAUCUACUCCCAGUGCCUCCGCAAGGGCUCCACGAACUCCUUCAGCCUGGCGGCCGUGCAGGUGCCCCCCGGCGAGCCCGACAUCACCUCCGACUACCACAGCCCCGUGGACCACGAGGACAUCUCGGUCUCGGCCCAGACCCUCAACAUCUCCAGGUCGGCCAGCACCAACAUAGACUGA